CCCCCCUCCUCGACCACCUUCGGGCUGGCGCGUGAAGCGGUGCGACAUGUUGUCGGCGCGCGGUACCCGGUAACGCGAGGGCCGAGCGCUGGAAAGUCGCGCAGCCCCCGAUGUACAUCCAGGUGCCGAGGCGAGGACUCAGGAGAACCGGAGGGCGAGCGAGGAGAGGAGGAGCGGAGGCGGAGGAAGGGGCGGGUGGGGGUGGAGAAGUCUGAGGAGGAGCGCAGCAUCAGGAUGCGGAGCUUUCCUCCGCGAUGGAAUGUGGAGGCAGCGAUGCAGAGAUGCGGGGGUCGCCCGCCUGAGUGCUGUCUUUUUCGCACCUCAAAACAGGAACUGCCUACGAAUGGAUGGCUUGCGCCCACUGGUAGGCAGCCCUACGUGCGUAUAUAAACCGCACGAGCCUUCUUGAAUAAUCGAUUGGUCUCUCGCGCCAAGCUAGCGGCACCAAGUCCCAGGACUGUUGCAACCCGAAUACGCGUCUGACCGCUCGUUGAAGCCCGGGCAAUUCGAGCCCGGGAGGUACACGCGAUUGCUCCAAUGGGUGCCGCAACUGCCGCACUGUCCUGGUUGAGGCCACCAGCAACAAUAGUUCGAGGCGCACCCACUCCCGGGAGUCGGCGCAGGCGUCGGACCCGCCUUGUCGCAGCAACCACUGGCGGGGCAGUCGGACAAAUCAGGGCAGCGGCCAACCGGGUUGGAGUGGGGAUCGCAGCCGAUGGAGCACUUGCUGGAUGCGUUCGCUUGCACGCGCACCUGCGCCAGGGCCGCCUUGUCGCAGCAACCACUGGCGGGGCAGUCGGACAAAUCAGGGCAGCGGCCAAUCGGGUUGGAGUGGGGAUCGCAGCCCACCUUGCAGGGGCCCGAAGGCGGCGACGGCGACGGAGUCGGCGCAGGCGUCGGACCCGCCUUGUCGCAGCAACCGCUGGCGGGCAGUCGGACAAGUCAGGGCAGCGGCCAAUCGGGUUGGAGUGGGGAUCGCAGCCGAUGGAGCACUUGCUGGAUGCGUUCGCUUGCACGUCACCUGUGCCAAGGCCGCCUUGCAGCAGCAACCACUGGCGGGGCAGUCGGACAAGUCAGGGCAGCGGCCAAUCGGGUUGGAGUGGGGAUCGCAGCCCACCUUGCAGGGGCCCGAAGGUGGCGACGGCGACGGAGUCGGCGCAGGCGUCGGACCCGCCUUGUCGCAGCAACCACUGGCGGGGCAGUCGGACAAGUCAGGGCAGCGGCCAAUCGGGUUGGAGUGGGGAUCGCAGCCGAUGGAGCACUUGCUGGAUGCGUUCGCUUGCACGUGCACAUGCGCCAAGGCCGCCUUGUCGCAGCAACCACUGGCGGGGCAGUCGGACAAAUCAGGACAGCGGCCAAUCGGGUUGGAGUGGGGAUCGCAGCCCACCUUGCAGGGGCCCGAAGGUGGCGACGGCGACGGAGUCGGCGAAGGCGUCGGACCCGCCUUGUCGCAGCAACCGCUGGCGGGGCAGUCGGACAAGUCAGGACAGCGGCCAAUCGGGUUGGAGUGGGGAUCGCAGCCGAUGGAGCACUCGCUGGAUGCGUUCACCGCCAGAGCGACCCUCGCCUCCGCGCGGCGCAGCUGCGCCAGGCCCACCUCGUCGCAGCCGUCCUCGGCAGCGCAGGUCCCCUCCUCUGCGAGGGCUGCGGCGGAGCAGACCACCAGCGCGCUCAACGCCAGCUUGCCGAGAGCCAUGAUUCAAUGGAUACUGCUAAACCGGGGCUAAGCGAGGCGGAUGCACUGCAGCGUACAAUACUGCCAGUCGGUUUCCCUCGAGCCCAAAUGCUGUUGGCUUCGACCAGGACAGCCGCGAUCAUCGUCUGGAAG